UUGUCCCAUAUCCUUUUUAUCAAUCCCCUAGGAGGUUAUCAUCUCACUGCUUCCAUCACCCAUACGAUUAGAUUAUUCCAUCCAUCUAUGAACCAAUCAACGUCGUCAGAUGCCUAUUAGAGAUUCUAUUAACAACAGAGAUUUUAAUUUAAUAUUUUGUAAAAUACAAUAACAACUAUGACUGAGAGAGGAACUCCAGAUGAGGGAAAUAACGUUCCUCUCAUCGAUAACAGCCUACUAGUUGAUAUCUCCGAUGCUCUCAGUGAAAAGGACAAAGUUAAGUUUACCGUUCACACCCGUACGACUCUGAAAGGAUUUCAGAAAUGUGAAUGCUUGGUGGUUCGUCAACAUGAGGAAUUCAUAUGGUUGCAUGAUCGUUAUGAAGAGAAUCCUAUAUACGCGGGAUACAUUAUCCCACCUCCCCCACCGAGGCCAAAUUUUGAUGCCUCACGUGAGAAAUUGCAACGCUUAGGCGAAGGAGAGGGAACGAUGACGAAAGAGGAAUUCACCAAGAUGAAGCAGGAGCUGGAAGCGGAGUAUUUAGCGACGUUUAAGAAAACUGUUGCUAUGCACGAAGUGUUUUUAACACGUUUAGCAAGUCACUCGGUGUUCCGUGAAGAUAACCACUUACAUGUGUUCCUUGAAUUCGACCAAGAUUUGUGUGCCCGUCCCAAAGGUCGUUUACAGCAGCUAGGUGGUAUUGUUAAAUCAUUAGGUAGCACAACCGAUCAGUACUAUUUGGGUGCCACUGUUAGGGAUGUGAACGAUUUUUUUGAACAGCAAAUGAAUUCUAUUACCGAAUAUCACAGUCAUUUGAAGGAAGCUACUAUUCGUACAGAUAAAAUGACAGAAAAGCAUAAAGAGGUUGCUGAUAGUUACAUUAAAAUUUCGGGUGGACUCUUACAAUUAGCUAACGUAGAUUCCGGUCCACUAAAUAAAUUUCUAGCGAAAGUAUCGGAUUACUUCGAAAGGGCCAGAAAAACUGAAAGUAGGGUAGCUAGUGAUCAAGAUCUGAAGUUGGCGGAUACAAUCAGGUACUACAUGAGGGACAGUCAGGCGGCAAAGGCCUUGCUUGUGAGGCGUUUGCGGUGUUUGGCUAAUUACGAAGCUGCUAACCGAACGUUGGAGAAGGCUAGGCAUAAAAAUAAAGAAGUUCACGCUGCCGAGGGCGCUCAAACAAGUGCGUGUGAGCAAUUUGAGUCCAUAUCCGCACAAGCGAAGGAGGAGUUGUUAGAUUUUAAAACGCGGAGAUUACACGCAUUUAGAAAAAGUUUAAUAGAAUUAGCAGAGUUGGAAUUAAAGCACGCUCGUACUCAGCAAGAGUUAAUUCGUAAGUCAAUACAAAGCUUACAAGAGCUUCUUUAAUGAUGGCCGUGAUAUUUUUCUACAUAAUUACUAUUUUUCUUUAUUGUUUUAUUACACAUUCCUGUUUUAUCAGAUUUUAUAUCAAAAGAAAGAAGGAAUGUUUAUAUAAGCUCUAUUAUUGUGUAAUGUAAUGGUUAAAUGUAUAAAAUAUAUAUAGUAUGACAGUUUUA